AACGCCGCCACUUUCGUCUCCACCGAGGAGUCGGCGAUAAGACUCGACAGGGAAGAAGACUCCAACUGCCCUCCCAUUCGAUCUAUGUAUAUAGAUGAUGUCAGGGUGAUACCGAGGGGACGAGGGGGACCAUAAACAAAUUGCUACAUCGUCUCACAGCUCGCUCACUCACUCCCUCACUCACUUGCCCCUCCACACUCUUCGAACCGUGCUAUUUGUAUCGCCGGCCACUCAACCAACCAUGCCACGAACAUAUACCUUCCCCGGUGUCGCCGUCAUCACCGGAGCCGGCGGAACUGGCAUCGGCGCAGCCGUCGCAAAGAGCUUCGCCGCCGCGGGAUGCGCUCGCAUCGCCAUCACGGACCUGAACCCGAGCUCACUGAACGACACCCAGGAAGCCAUCCUCGCGACAUCCCCCACCGUCCGCCUCCUCGCCCAAGCCGGCGACAUCUCCAACGAAAAAUUCGUGGAAUCCUUCAUCGGCGCGGUGGUGUCGGAGUUCGGCCGCCUCGACUACGCAGUCAACUGCGCCGGCGUACUAGGCGACGCGCUGCGCUCGACCGAGACCUCGAUUGAGAUCUUCGACCGCAUCACCAACAUCAACUACCGGGGCUCGUGGCUGUGUUCCCGCGCGGAGCUGAGGCAGAUGGUCGCGCAGGACCCCCUGCCCGGCCAGGAUGAUCCGGCGGCGGCGGCGGCGGCGGCGGCGCGCGAGGGCCCGCGCGGGGCGGUCGUCAAUAUUGCCAGCCAGCUGGGCAUCGUGGGACGUCCUGGGGCGCCGGCGUACUGUGCUUCCAAGGCGGCCAUUAUCGCGAUGACCCGUUCCGACGCCAUUGACUACGCGCGGGAGGGCAUCAGGGUCAACUGCGUGUGUCCCGGCGUGAUCGAGACUCCCAUGACCACAUCCAGCGAGGAAGUCCGGGAACGACUCCGGCCGGCCGUGGACAUCGCGCCCAUGAAGCGGAUGGGCAAGCCCGAGGAGGUGGCUGAUGCAGUGCUCUUCCUCUGCUCGAGCUUUGCGUCCUUCGUACAAGGACAUGCGCUUGUGGUGGAUGGAGGGUAUAUUAUCAACUAAAAGUCGUGAAAGGCUGAAAGCUUAAAGCUAUACCCAAUAACGAUUAACGAACCUGUUGCUACUCGUGGUGGGACGGCAGGAAUAUGACGAGAUCAAGGUCAUGAAAUGUUAUGCUAUGUCCAAUGAUGAUAUGACUUGAUGAAAUAUGUACUGUACUUGCGAUUUUGUUCUAGAAUGUAUCAUCGACAUCACCUC